AUGUCUGUUUCCAAGAUUGCUUUCGUUUUAACCGCUGUUGCCUCUUUGGCCGCAGCUGAUUCUGCCGCUGAAACUGCUGAAUUACAAGCAAUUAUCGGUGACAUCAACUCUCAUCUUUCUGACUACUUGGGUUUGGAAACUGGUAACAGUGGUUUCAAGAUUCCAGCCGAUGUUUUGAGUGUCUACCAACAAGUCAUGACUUACACCGAUGACGCUUACACUACCUUGUUUAGUGAAUUGGACUACGAUGCUAUAACCAAGACCAUUGUGAAAUUGCCAUGGUACACCACUAGAUUGAGUUCCGAAAUUGCCGCUGCUGUUGCAUCUGUUUCUCCAGCUUCUUCAGCUGCCCCAUCUUCAGCUGCCUCAUCAUCUUCAGCUGCUCCAUCCUCUUCAGCUGCCUCAUCAUCUUCAGCUGCUCCAUCCUCUUCAGCUGCCUCAUCUUCUUCAGCUGCCCCAUCAUCUUCAGCUGCCUCAUCUUCUUCAGCUGCUCCAUCCUCUUCAGCUGCCUCAUCUUCUUCAGCUGCCCCAUCAUCUUCAGCUGCCUCAUCUUCAGCUGUCUCAACCUCUUCAGCCGCCCCAUCAACUUCCGCUGCCUCAACCACCUCUUCUGUUAGUUCCACUGUCGAAACAGCCUCCAACGCUGGUCAAAGAGUCAAUGCAGGUGCAGCCUCUUUCGGUGCUAUUGUUGCCGGUGCAGCUGCUUUAUUGUUAUAA